AUGCUUCCGCCAGACUUCAAGCGGAGGAACCCGCUCAGGGUGCGACCUUUCCAAGACUUCGAUGACGCCGCCCCACCACCAUCCAAUGCCCGAAACAGGGUCUUGAACAUGGUCCAUGAGACUGGAGGGUUUAACCCAACUUGGAGGCGAAAGAAGGUUGAGGAAUACAUCGCCCCUAAAGGAGAUGACGAACAGAAGCCUUCGAAGAGGAAGCGCAGGAACAAGAACAAGAAGACGAAGGAGGCAAAGGACGGCCUCGAGAGAUUGCAGGCAGGCCAUCAUGAAACCAUUGUGGCAUACGGCAUGGAUAUUGGCAAGACGCUGGUAGCCGUAGGAUUGUACGCCGUCUUGAAGCAAGACUUCGCCAUGCAUGGGCUUGAUUGGUCCUUGAUUGACAAGACAACUUUGGACGAAGGGCAUGAUUCGCAUGAGUUUGACCGCAAAGUGAGCAUACAAGGAGGGUUUCUGAUCGUUGUCCAAGUCGAUCUCAUUCCCUUAUGGGAGAAGGAGCUCCAGGUGCACUUGGAAAACCCUCCAAGUGUCAUUGUAUACCAUGGACACCAGUCGUGGUACCACUCCACAGCGCAUACUGCAGACGAGCUUGCCGCAGUUGAUGUGGUAAUAACAUCCUAUGAGACGUUACGGUCAGAUUACGAAGAUGCCAUGGCCGCUGCAGCGUCGCACGAAGACUUCUUCAAGACACCGGUUCUCGCACGUUCCCCCACCAUGGUCAUAUACUGGAGGGGCCAAAUCUUGGACGAGGCACAUAAGAUCGCAAACGACAAGACUGGUGUCAACAAGGCUGUAAAUCGCGUUCGACCGUUGAUGCGUCUGCCACUUACGGGUACGCCAUUCCUCAACGAUUACACAGAUAUCCAGUCCCAGCUGUCGCUGAUCAAGCUCGCGCCCUGCGACGAUCCGAACUUUUUCGCUUCUCUUUUCCUGUUACAUUCUGCGGCCAACCCAUUCGUAUACCGCACGUUGUCGGGCAAACUCAACAGCGUGCUCUCUCUGGUACUCAAGUUAUACUCUCUCCAGCUAGAUCACGGAAACAUUUUUUAUGGCGAGACGGUUGCUUCCGAGAUCGAUGCGGAAUAUGUUCGACAUGACCACGAAUUGGAAAGCUGGGAGAGAGACGCGCAAGAGAACGUUAAACAACCGUGGCUUCCAAGGUUGGGACCUGGGAGCCGGGCGAGGGUGAGCGGCAAUAGCGGCGAAGAUAUUCUCAAGCUCAUCAUCUUCGCCAGAGUAGCGGCUGUGCACCCCGAAUAUGCUGACACGGGUCACGGAGAGAACGGAAUUGUCAAGGUCGAUUAUCAGGAACUCGAUGAUGGUGCAGUAGAAGGCCUCCCCCUGGGCGAGAUUUCGAAGUUGCAGGUGCUCAAGCGUGGCGUGGGUCAAUGCGGCAAUGACGUCAUGGCUAGCGGACCUUGCGACGCGUUCGUUUUGAUCACGCACUCUCUCCAACUCUACCUAAGUAUCUUACAGUCCAGGUUUCGUUCAAACUAG